UCAGAACUUUUAGAUGAGACACGAAAUGCUCUAAUUCAAGACACAGAUAACCGGGUCCUUUUGCUAAAUUCAGAAUACAGAGUUGGUGGUAUUGAGUAUGUAACUCUGUACACAUCAGAGGAGAAACAAGACAUUCUGAAAAACCUCAUAUCUGAAGGGUUGUUGAUGGUUGAAAGCAGAAAGGAGAAGAGGUUACAGAAAGUUAUCACAGAGUACAAAAAUUCUGAAGAAACAGCACGGCGACAAAGAUUGAACUUGUGGUGCUAUGGUGACUUCACAGAAGAUGAUGCCAAAGAAUUUGGUGUGUAAGCAGCACCUUAGACUUCAGACUUGCCUCUUUUUGAAAGUUAGUUGACGAACAGGAGUAAGGGCAGUCGUUCUUUGUGACCAUUUAUUAAUAUUUUUUUUUCUACAUUAGUUUCUGGAAGUUAUGAUUAUUUAGCAUUAGACUGGCUUUUAUUUUUUUAUGGUUGCUUUUUUUUGGGUGUUUUCAUUUUUUUAAUGAAAAAUUUAUUUUUACAGGUUACAUUUUUAAUACUACUAUAAAAAUUAGUUGUCCUGUGAAUGAAACAAGUGAAAAUAAGAAUUGAUUUAUAAUUUGUUGAAGUGUAUAAACUGGUUUAUUUAUGAAAUAUGAAUAUACUGAAAUGUCUGAUGUUUUUUUUUUCUCCACUGAAAGAACAUGACUAUUUAAAGUAUAAAUAUCAGUAUCUAUAUAUAUCUUGGGAUUAUGGUGGUCAUAUAGUUGAUGUCCAAACCUUCUCAGGUAGUGUUUUAUCUUUGUAAAUUUAUAUAGCAUGCUCAGUGUUUUCACAAAAUUUUGACUUAAUUUUUACCAGAGAAAUUUACAAGAGAGGUCACAUGAAACUGCCCUUGUGCAGUUCCGGGGAUAGUGUAUUUUCAUCUAUUAUCAAUUCUUGCAUCACCAGUUUUAUCAUUAGCAGACAACUACACAUUCUUAAAACAUUUUCUUGGGAUGAGUUCCAUGCAGAACUUGAGGGUGGUAUUAAAUACUGUGUUGGAAAUGGAUUUUUAGUACUAUAACUUAGUUGACAUAUCAUAUGUUCUUCUUUGCUUUCACUCAUAAGUUCUAAGAACUAAUAUAUUCUUACUAAAAAUAAGUUGGCUGUAUAAGCUGUUAAUGUUUUUUAACUCUUUCCGUUCGGGGUCUUAAGGUUUGUAAAGCAAUGUUUCUUUCGUGCCUUUUUUUUCUUUUCGCAUUUUGCCUAUCUAUCAUGCA